UCCUAAACUGCUGAGGGAAGGGGGCGGAGUCGUCGUGCCGUGCGUUUCCGCUUCCGGUCUCCUUUUCUGUUUCUCCCUGCGGCUUCCGCUUCCUUCCGGCGUCCUCGCUCUCGGCGCUUAGAGGACACUCGGAGCCGGGCUCUUCCUGGGCGGAAGGAUGUUGGCUUCAAGGGCAUUUAGCCUUCUUGGCAAAAGGACUAUUUCCACUUCAGUCUGCUUAAGGGCACAUGGACAUGGCAUUGUGAAAACUGAGGACUUCAGUCUGCCGUCUUACACUGACCGUCGGAGUAUCCCUUUGCCUGAGGUUGCAUAUGCAAAAACUCUUUCUUCUGAGCAGAAAGCCCUGAAAGAGAAAGAGAAGGCGUCAUGGAGCGCUCUUUCAGUGGAGGAGAAAGUUGCACUGUAUCGCAUCAAAUUCCAUGAAAGCUUUGCUGAGAUGAAUAAGAGUUCAGCCGAAUGGAAGACAGUUGUUGGCGGGGUCCUCUUCUUCGUUGGCUUCACUGGCUUUAUUGUCAUUUGGCAAAGGCAAUAUGUUUUUGGGCCCGUCCCUCACACCUUCUCAGAUGAGUGGAAGGCCAUGCAGACCCAAAGAAUGCUGGAUAUGAGAAUUAAUCCAAUCGAAGGCUUCUCAGCAAAGUGGGACUACGAAAAGAAGGAAUGGAAGAAGUAAAAGCACUCCAGGGAUUUCCACUCCCAUCCUAGUUUGAAGUCUCCAAAACGAUUCAGUCAUCUCCAUAUGACCUCACUGCUUCUGUGUUUGGGGGAAAAUAACCCUUCGUUGAGAGAAAAAUCUUAAUAAAUGUCUGGUUUACUUGAAAAAUUC